UACACCAAACAAGUCAUACGAACUAACAUAUUAUAUAUGUAGGUACCUAUAAUAUAGUAAUAACUAGUGACCGACCGAUUUGGCAAAUAAGUAUAAAGACAUUUUUGUAUUUUUUUAGUCACUAAAACCGGAAUAAACCUGUUUGUGCUGCCACGACGUGCAUCGCACACCCGCAUCAGUGCAGUCGAUUGUGCUCAAACACUGAACAAUGGCCCAUUUGGAUCUUAAAGUUGGUGCACCAACUGUGUCAGUAGAAUUGGCAAAGGAAUAUAUGGAAAGAUACAAAGAUGAAUUCCAUAAGAAAAGUGCCAUAACAAAUCUUGUAAAUGAACCUAAUAUAUUACUUUGUAAAAAGAAGCUGGUGGAGAAAAUUGAAGAAAACACAGAAUUAUUUUGUCAACUUGAACAUCUGUUACGAAAAAAACCAAUGGAUGAAGUCAAAAAUAUUGAUUUGAAAAUAAUUAAAAAUAGCUUAUUGGACAAUUUCAGUUGGGCGAGUUGUACAGAUAGUGUAACCUUUACUGACACCACACCCCUGGCUCUUCUCGCGAUCUUCAGCUAUAAUUAUGUAAAUGAUAAAGAGUUCCGUGUGGUGGGCACAGAACAAACAACUCCACUGUGUUAUCUUUUUGUGAAGCUGUGCAGAGAUGUUGGACUCAACAACGUCACUUUUGGGUUGACAGAUAAAAAAAUAGAUAAAUGUAUGUUUUUCAAUAAGUUCACCUGCGCUGGAGUUGUCACUGAGAAGUCUGACAUAAACUCUGCAGUGGAUGCCUUCCUCUUGUCUUCAUCACAGCACCCGUGGAGUCUGAAACGGAUCUUUGUUCAGGAGAACGUUUACGAAACAUUUAAGAAAUGUAUCGAAGGCAAGAGUAAAUUAAAAGAACAAGAGAAUGCAAAAGUGACGGAAGAUGUAAAAAAACUAGCCAACGAAUUGUACGUAUAUAAAAACAAAGUAUUUAUGUUCGACUUUGCCGGUGAUUACGACUCGCUAGUGGACAGCACAGUACAUAAUAUUUGUGUGGAAGCGUACCGGACCACAAAAGAAGUUUUGUCUUUGAUUCAAAAUGUCAACUUCUUGUCUCUAUGGUCGAGUGACAUAGCCGAAGCGCACGAGAUUGCUGUCGCAGCGCCAUCUACUUUAAUUUGGGUGAACGACAUCGACAAUAUGGACGGCCCGCCAUUUAUAUGCCGAUGGCUGCCUACAUUACAUUACAAUUUGUUUUAUAAAGAAACCAAUUACAAACUAAUUCUUUCGAAAAAAUCAAUAGUAACAUCGUUUACUACUUGGGGGAGUAAAUAUGAUACAAAAAGACGUUCUAAGAUUAUUUGGGAAGCUUUUAACAAUUUCAAAAGCGAAGAUAUUACUUCAUCCGCAAAUGAAUUAGUGAAAUUAGUAGAGAAGGAAAUAUUACAUGUACAAUCACAUAACUCAUUAGAAAUUGAUAAUGGCACAAUGUAUAUGAGUGUAGGUCUACCUGUUGGUGUAUUACCCUUAGCUGUAACGAAACUAGAGGAUGUACUAAUUAUGAUAAGAUCAUUGCUACUAGGAAAUGGAUGUGUGAUUUACAAAGGUGAUACAGACGUAACAAAAAUACUCCCGCGUUUCCGAUCAUUUUUGGAAACUCUCAUAAAAGCUGGCGUGCCCGUUUUAGAUAGCACCAAAGACGAGGCCUCAAGUGUAAAAGAAAACUAUGUUACGUAUAAAACUAUCGUGUCUAAUUUUGGAACAAUAUUUGCUAAUUGAUUUCUUUGUUCUUUCUUACGAAUGUCUUGUAGAUAUAAAAAUUUUAUUUACUUUAAAAGCAUACACACACACAAGGCACUGUAAUAUAAAAACAAAAAUAAAAAAAGUUGUUAUAAGCCUAUUACUCACUAAACGAUUAUUUGAAUGACGAGCGUGCAUGACAAUAGUUGUUCAUGCACUGGAUUUUCAUUUAUUGUUAGACAUAGACACCUAUAUAAAUAACUGGCCUUUAAAAUAAAUAAAUAAAAUAUUCAAUCGAGUUUCUUGCCAGUUCUUCUCAAUUGGAUCUAUAUACUGAACUGGACGGCAGGAAAAAAAUUUUUAAGUUCACAUAGCGGCUAAAAUAUCCUACAUGAAGAAAUGCUUUCUGAAUUUUGAAGUUAUUUAAUUUUAGUUACACAUUACAUUUGUCAACAAAAUACAAUACAAUAGAGAUUUACACAUAAAAUACAACACAGGUACAAAAAAAGACGGUGUGAGUAGAGUAGAUUGUAGUCCAAGAUCCCAAGGACUCUAGACAUUACUCAUUUUGUCAUUAGCUGUCUUUAGACGUACAUCUUUUCUCU